GACUGCAGGAUUUGCCAACAGAUUGGAUGGAGGGCGUGAGAGAAAGAGAAGUCAAGGACGACUCCACGAUUUUGACCUGAGCAACUAACUUGUAAAAACGCACAAAUUGAUAAUCGGAGUGGCUGAGAGUUUGUUUUAGGGCAGUGAUCUGCCCAGAAGUGCCCGUCACCGACCACCGCUGAACGUUUCGUAACGGAAAACUCCCGACUCAAAAACCUGAAGAUCGUAACCACUGAGAAGAACCUGAUUCUUGCUGUGAGGUAAAAUGGUGCUGGUUGAAUUUGUCUGGCUUAUUAUUGAGUUUGACUUCCAUUAUGAAUAUUGUCUUGUAUCUCACUGAUUGAAACCUUUGCUGGUGGAACAUUGAUGUUCUCCAAAUAUUAUGUUCCUGGAUUCUACUUAGAAAUCAGAAACAUCGAUUGUUGGUAGGAUUGAAAGCUGCCUCUGCGUUUGUUACUAUGAGGUACCAAGGUUUUAGGAAUCAAGACGUUAACUAGCCUCACAAAUACUACCAUUUCAAGCAGAGCCCCAAAUCUUGAACAAUUUCUAAAUGUGGGAUUUAGGCCUAGGUGUCAAGCUUGAAGGCAUCUUUAUUGCAUUCAUUUUGCUCAUAAAAUCGUAGAGGGGUUAUUUUCCAAGGACCACAUCCACAUAAACCAGUAUUAGCAAUUGUCAAAUUUCUUUCAUUAUUAUUUCCUUGAAGAUCUAUGUUCAGUGUUAGACAGUAGCAAUAUUAUUUAAUGGUUGGAAUUAUUCCUGAAAUUACCCUAAAUGAUAUUAGCUUCUUUCUGAUGUCCGUGAUUUUCUAACUUACUGUGUUAUUGACACUAAUACACCAUGAAAUACUGUUGUAUAGUUUGGUGAACAACUCAAACUCCCACUUCAAAGGUUUAUUACCCGUAAUCCUACCUGAGUCUUUAGCUGUGGUAUUGAAUAGAAUAAAGUGAUUUGUUUGAGACUCCCCCUUAUAGAAAUUAAGAGAUAUGGCCUAUUAGCCUAAUAGUCCAUAAUUCCCUUGUGAUGUUUGAUUAAAGCAAGCUAAACUAUGGGCCAUUUUGAAAAGCCAAACCUCUGAAGCAGCAGUCUGAUCUGAUCCUGUAGCCACAAGGUGGGUGCAGUUGCUCACUGUCUUACAUUUUCUUUCACUCUGCAUGAUUGGGUACCCUGGCCCCACCAACCAUUUUCAGGAGUUCCUCUGGAUAAGGGAAAGGGGACUUUUGUCCCAGCCACCCACCUAAAGGAGUUUCCCAGAUAAGUAACUUUCCUGCAGUGAUGGGAAGCUGUCCACCCACGGGCAGAUCCCCUUGUAGAUUUGUACAAUCACCACUUCAAUCACCACCUCCUGUAGGACCUGGGACAAAAAGUCCGGGAUUGAUGAGUCUGUGGGCCUAUAACGAACGUGAAGAAAGUGGAAUCAGAACCAAUAGUCAGAACCAGUCAGAUGAGUAAGUGCAUCUCUAUAUAGUGGGACGUGUGGUGUGUUGGGCAGAGGGCAGCUCCCUCUCCUGUCCCCGUGCCAUCGUUAAAGAUGGUGUUAAAAGCCGUUCCCUGUGCCUCUAUGAGGUAGGAACUACCAGCAGUGGCAGCGUCACUCCUGGGCACUGCCGGCUAGCUCCAUGGUAGAGUCCCUGUUUCUAGAACCGGUUCUUUUGAUUAGGCAGGGGCAACUUUUUCUAGUCCUUAUUUGUGUUCCUUUGUCCACGGGGACCGCUGCUGUUACAGACAUAUUGACAUAAUUAGAUCAUUUUGAUUUCAAAGAAACCUCACUCUGACUUUUUAACACCAAAGUUUUGAUCAUUUUUAUUCCUUUUGGAAAGCCAGUAGCGGACAGCAGAAGGAUGGAAUGGAUUAGUAGAAGUUUGUAGAAAACAAACUUCGGGAGUGGAAGGAGUGCAAGGUGCUGCUGGGUUCCUUUGUUUCAACAGGUAUGAGAACGCGGAUCUGAAUGUAAAUUUAAAGCCCAGCUCUUUCUAUGGCAAAGGGGGAGACAUGAGACCCGUGGACCAAGUUGGGGGAAAGGAAUGGUAGUCUGUCAGCCCACCCUUCCUGUGGCAUUUAUCUGGUGGGGGUCCUGAGGGCAUAGGCCAGCAAUUAAAGUACUAUGUAAGUCAAUACUCCUCCAAAACUUUACCUUUCCAUACAUUGUUGGCCAUUUCCAUGCUUUGCAGACAUGCUGGGACCACAUACCAUGUUUAAUACAUAGUAACCCCCAGUCUCUGAGUCUGGGAGACACUCAGCUCAUUUUCCCCUCUAAAGCAAUAGUCUGGCAGCUCAGCUGGUUUCUAACAUUACUUCAACACUUUGUGCCACUGUUAAAAUUUUUCAGUGCAUUCAGGUAUUGGAAGCUGGCGGCAAGGUUUGAAAUUUGCAGUCUAAAGCUCCCUGACCCCUGUGUUUUCUGUCCCAUUACACAAAAGAAGUACAGUGGGACGAGUGGACUUGGGUGAGUUGAUCAUGACAAAAAGGGCUAAUGUUAAUUGGGUUACAUUUAAUGCUCCUGUGUAAAUAAAUGCUCUCUCUUCCCUGGUCAUAGUCUCUGUCAAUACAGCAGCCAAACCACAAGGCUCGAUUGGUAAGCAUUCCCCAUAUUUGGUGCUGGUUUCCCCAGAUUGCUAUCUGAUGUGUUUCUUUCAAACAGGUAGAUGCCCUGUGUCUGAACUUCAUUUCACCGUUGCUGUCAGUUCUCUGGCAAAGUAUGCAGUGACUGGGUCAGGAUUCUCUUUUGAUGAGUAAUGAGAUUUCAUGUCAAUUUCGGAUUGAAGCUUUCAGAACAUGAGAAUACCAAACCUCAGAGUGGGCCAUCUUCUAAACACAGUUUACACUUUUGGAGUUGUUGCUCACUUUGGAAUGUGGUCUUCCCCUGCAGCCACAUAACACUAAGCCUUAGAAAUUGUACUUAUUAUUGUCAUCUGUAGAGUAAAUGCCUGCUUGCUACUAUAUAACUUCCCUCUUGGGUUGUUUGGAGUCAGACCUCAGUUCAAACCUGAUUCCAGCAGUAACUGUCUAUCCUUAGUUCUUAACUAACUCUUUGAGCCUGAAUUUCCUUAUCUGCAAAACAGGAACAUACUUUGCUAUCAGGGCUGUUGUGAGAAUUAAGUGUGAUAAUCUUUGUAAUGCACCCAGUACACAGGAGGUACUCAAGGAAUCAGUCCCUCAUUUCCUGAAUGCACAUACAGGAGCAGGACAUCAUAGUGCUUAGUUUAGCUUCCUCCCUACCCCCUCCCUUUAUUUUCUUUCCUUUCUCAGGUACAGCAAAUUCCUCAUAGGCUAUAGUGCCUUCUCUUUAGAAACCACACCUUUGUAAUCUUGCUGUGAAGCAAGAGGUGGCCCAGGGACCCGUGAUUUUUCCUUGUUCUGCUCAAGGUUCUGUUCUGGCAAAAUUGGUCAUCUUACACCGAGGCUGACGUGACUCAGCACCCAGUGGGACAUUCUAGGGUUUGUCAAGCUGUCAAAUCCUAGCUGGAGGGUGCCUAACCUGCAGUCCUAGAAAGUUCUCCUCUCUUUCUACGCCUGUAACAAGUUAUUUCUGGGCUGUGAUUAAUUCAUUUAAGGUUAGGUGAAAACAUUGAUGAUGUGAAAGAGAAAACGCCAUGUAUAAAUAUGCACUAUCCUAAAGUGUUCUCACAGAGACUUUAACUUUUAGUCUCAAAAGAUACCUCUGGCUCCUCUAUUUUUAUAUUAGCACAUGUUUUAUUCUGGUAGGAUCAUGGAACCUAAAGUUCACCCACCCCAAGUCAAAAAAAUUCACAUUUCUUUUUGAUUAGAAACUAAAGUGUCUAGCUGUUGCAUAGCACAUUGGCAUUUCAAACCUUUUUGAUUUCUCCCUGUAAUUGGUUAAAUUGCUGUAAAGCCCGGACAGUGGGGGUCAUUGUUAUUUUUCAUUAUGUGAAAAACUGAAUCUGGAGGUAUUUAGAAAAAACUUUACCCAAAACCACUUACUGGAGCUGUGCCGGCCAAGUUCCUACACCAAGUAACGUGACGGAGAUCUUAACUUAUUUGCUGGUCCAAAAAAGGUAUGAAACUUAACUAUACCUCUGCCACCUCCUCCCCCUUCCACACACACUUGGACGCACUGCCCAUUGCCGUCAUCUUUGGUUUCUGGGGGAGGUGUGGGGAAGGCUAAAUGAAUGGUGUAGUAAAUAAUUUCCCUAAGUAUUGGCAUUUUAAAAGUGGUCACGAGGCAGAGGAAUCCCAAAGGGUUAAUAUCUAUUUGGAAGGAUAUCCCCAGACUUCAGAAACCUAGCAGAAGUGACAGGGACCUUAUACAGAACUUAAGGUAUAGCCUGGCUUCUUGAAUCCUUAAGAGUGCAGUCCUUUGCCCUUUGACUCAUCUGGGGUCUUCUCUCUGAAUAGUUACUAAUUAUUUGGAAUUUUAAUUGGCUAUAAAUUGUCAGUUUGAUUUUUCUACUGCAAACUCAUGUUUGGAUUAAAUGUGUUUCCAUACUUCUUAUUUGUAUGGAUACUGGAGAGAGAGUGAAUUAUAAUGGGAACUUAAGCACAAGCCUAUAUGGAUUAUGGAUCUUUUAUGCAGGAAAAAUCAAUUUUCUUAGGACAUGAAAAAGCACCAUGUACACAAAGGUUAAUGGGCUCAAAUUUUAUUUUCUUUGAAAAUAACUUCAAAUUGUAAUUAUGAUAUGUGCUCACAAAGUAGGUCUAGAGACUAUAAAAAGUGCUAUGCUAUAAAUGUUUAACAAAUGUCUCUCACAAAGAAGGGAAAACAUCCUGAUAUAUAACAUUUGCCAAUUUCUAAGGUAAAAUUACUGCCAUCUCAUGGCUAAUUUUAAACAACAGAUGUGACAUCACUGAAUGCAAAUUUAGGAAGAGAUGUGCACGAUCAGCUCAUACACUGAAUGAGUUUCAAAAUCACUGGCAAUCUGAUUACGUAGAGUUAGGACCGCUGCUAACAUUUCUGUGUUUUUCCAACUAGUCUUUCUAUGAAAAUAUCCAUAUUGGUUCUAAUGAAGAAUCUUGUCAUUGGUUUUUGAUCCAGUUUCACUGAUUCCAUCUGGGCUAAGUGCCUACCUGUCUCAAGAUCCUUAUGGAGGUGAACUUGCAAAACAAAGCGAAACUUCAAGAUUGUCAAUAAUUCGUGUAUUUUAUUUGUAAAGAAAGCAUGGCUCCUCUAAUUGUACAUGGCUUUGCCCAAAUAUGGAGUGGGAAUAUUAGGAUGUCUAAGACGAAAGAAGCAUACAUUCGAACAGUGGAAGAGAAGAAGAAAGUUAUUCUGGUGGUCUCUUUUAACACUGGAGAAUAUACAACUUUUCAGCUAGUUAAUAUUAAAAAUGUGGUCUUUAGAUCCUAUGGAGAAAACGAAAAUCAGCUGAAUUUAAUUUUCCAAAAUGAUGACUUCUUAUUUAUUGAAAAAUUAUCCUUGAGAGAUGGUAAAGAGUUGAAGAUGUUCCUGGAGAGUUUCCGUAAAAAUAAUGAACUACCCAUGAGACCUGAUAGGGUUGGGGGUGUCUUUGCUAGCAGGACAAUACAGAAGGAAAUUAACAAAACUUCAUUUCACAAAGUGUGUAAGAAGUCAAGUAGUGGAUCUUAUGAGACAGGAGAAGGAACUGGAAUACCUGACCUCCAGAAGAUGCCUUUGUUUACAUCAAAAUUACCAACACGUACCUGCGAAGAGUUAUUAGAAAAUCGAUGUGAGAAAGGGAAAAGGAAACUAUCGUCUGCUUCAGAGACGAAUGAGGACAUCCCAAAACAGAGUAACUCCAUCGGAAACAAGAAAUCCAAGACAAGUCUCUUGAGGUAUGUAAGCCACAAUGAGAAGAAAAAAUUGAGGUUAAAAGAGUCGCGAGAGAAUAAGAAAUGUGGAUUUUCACUCAAGAGCAAUUUCACUGGAAACCCCUACAUAGAUGGCACUAGUCUUCCCCGAAUUCUGUAUCAGAAAAUGUAUUUGGCAUUUCUUUUGGAACCAAAGUAUAGUGAGGAUGAGCCAGAGUGGCAGAAACUCAAGAUGAGCUUCGAAAUUUACCCAGAAAAAGUAUGGGAAGGCCUUCCCAAUUUGGGAAACACCUGUUACAUGAAUGCAGUUUUACAGUCCCUAUUUUCGAUUCCAUCAUUUGCUGAUGAUUUACUCAAUCAGGGUUUCCCAUGGAGUAAAAUUCCCCUUGAUGUUCUUAGCAUGUGCUUGGCACAGCUGCUUGUUUUGAAAGAUAUUUAUAACAUAAAAAUCAAGGAGAAGUUACUUAUGAGUAUUAAAAAGAUCAUUUCAGCAGUUGCAAAGAUAUUCUCUGGCAACAUACAGAAUGAUGCUCAUGAGUUUUUAGGUCACUGUUUAGAUCAGAUGAAAGAGAACAUAGGAAGAAUAAACACUAUUUGGAAGGCUAGAAGUGAAUCUGAGGAAGAAAACUCACCUCAACAGGUUUUUGCUAGCAGUGCUGCCACCGAAGUGCUCGUUUGUCCUGUCGUCACGAAUUUUGAGUUCGAGUUGCUGCGCUCUAUUAUUUGUAAAGCCUGUGGUAGAGUUGUUCUCAGGACAGAAGUGAAUAAUUAUCUCUCUGUCAACCUUCCCCAGGGACCAAAAGCAGUUCCUUUAUCUAUUCAAUCUACUUUUGAUCUUUUCUUUGGAGUGGAAGAGCUUGAGUAUAAAUGUGAGAAGUGUAAGCACAGGAGGUCUGUUGCAGUGCACAAAUUCAGUAGGCUACCCAGGGUCCUUAUUAUUCAUCUGAAACGCUAUAGCUUUAAUGAGUUUUGCUCAUUAAGGAAGGAUGACCAGGAAAUCAUUAUUUCCAAAUAUUUGAAAUUGUCUUCUCAUUGCAAUGAAAGUACCAAACCACCUCUUCCCUUGAACAAGAAUGCACAUAUUAGGGAUCUCCAAAUCUUAAAAAUCUUUCAAAAGAUACAUUCUGAAGCCAUCAGUUCAUUGACAGCUUCAACGAAGUUGACGUUGGAAUCCAAGUCUUCCCUGACUCCACAUGCUGGAUCAGGCAAAGAGUCUGAACCACAAAAAUACCAAAUUCUCAAUAAAGGAACAAGCAGAGAACAGCAGCAAAAAGACCUGGGAAAAUAUUCUAAACUGAAUAUAAUAGAGUCCAAAUUGUUAAACUCGGGGCAUGGAACAAUCAUUGAAAAAGAGCUGUUAGCAGCUAGCUUAAUGAUGGGUCUGGAAGACACCUCCUUUUCUCUGACCCAUGAAGGGGAAGGCAAAUCUCACAGUGGUCCAGAUACACGUGUUCAUCCUCAGGAAGUGCUUGAACAUCUUAAACUAAAGAAAUAUGAGAAAACCCGUAUGUUUGUAGAUUUUGAGAGUGCCACCGAGACUACUAAAGAUUUUUCUGAAGAUAAAAAAGCCAGAAUUCCAGAAGGAUACCCAAAAGUGGCUAAACAGAUCCAGCAGUGUAAAAGGAUGAGAAUCUAUGAACAAGCCCUUCGGCAGGCACUGCUUGAAAGCCUUCCAGAGCCAGAUGCCCAGUGGCACACGGAGAAGCUUAGAAGACCUACAGAAGUAACUCUCCAGGAGGCCAAUGUGAGUUCCCUAGGUGCAUUGGGUUCCAAUAAAAACCCUGGAAACAAAGACGUUUUAGAUAAGGAGAAGACAGAAACCAAAGCCAAGAAACCAAAAAGAAAUGCCGAGAUCAGAGACAGACAUGCCUAUCAACUCAUUGGUGUGGUCAGCCAUCUCGGGCAGACCCCAAAUUCAGGCCAUUAUAUCAGCGAUGCCUAUGACUUUGAGAGACAAGUCUGGUUCACUUACAAUGAUCUGCUGGUAUCAAGUAUCCAAGAGGCUCUGAUGCAGGAGGCUAGGCUUUGCACAGGGUACAUCUUCUUUUACAUGCACAAUGAGAUCUUUGAAGAGCUGGUGGGAAGGGAAGAGAAGUUCCAGUCUAGUAACGCAAAUGCAGGGGAGACCCCUCAGGGGGAAUAAGAAGAACAGACUCCUGGCUGCACAGAUCUGCUUGACUGCCUCACUGGCUACCACUUCCUCCAUGGAAGGAUAACUUCCAUCUAGCCAAUGAUGAAGAGGCAGUUAGCAUCCAGGGGCAAAGUUCAAGCAGAAACACUUAUGGAGAAAUCUCCAUUCUAACCCUGAUACAGAUACCUCAAUCCCAUAGUCCCAGCUGAUAAGCAUUAAUUUUCCCCUAUUAGGCUAUCAUUGUGCUUUCCUUAUUCUAAUGCAGUGGCUUUUAAGUGCAGCAUCAGGAGUAUGGAGGAACUUGUUAGGAAUAAAAAAAUUCUUAGAUCACAGACCCACAAUUCAGAAACUCUGGACGGGGCGCAGCAACUUGAUGGAGAUUCUGAUGCUUGAAAAGGUCAGAGAGCCACGACUAGUAUAUAGAGUAUUUUGGUGUAUUUUGCUGUUGUACAUUUGAAUUGUUUAUAUUAUGUAAAGGGAUUUGAUUGCAUUUUUUGCUGCUUAUAUUCAUGGAUGCCUUUCCUUUGUAAACUUAUUCAAGUCAAAUCACACACACACAAAAUCACUCUUCUGCUGAUCAUACUCGGCAAUUUGAUGGAAAAAAAUAAUUUCUGGAGUCCUAGCCCAAGAAAGAAAAAAAACCACAGCCAUUUGCUGAGGUCCUGGCAAUAAAAAAAUGGUUGCUGGGGUCCUGCCAAUAAACAGUAAAUGAAGCUAGUAACUCAUGAAUCCUCUUGGGCGUAUAGAGACGAGACUAAAUGCUGGGUCAAAUCUCCAAAUUGUUUGCCAUACUCUCUCUUUUCCUUAGUGCCAAAGGAGCAUAUACCCUCAAGCUUAAACCUUGAGAAUGGAAUUGAUUUGCCUUCAAGAAAUUGACCUAUUUUCCCUGUUCACAUGCCACAAGCUGUUCCUGGUGAUCUGAGCCCACUGUGCCAUUUUGAUCUUCUCAGAGGGACACUGGCAUUGUCUCAAAGGAACAUUGAUUACCAGAACUUUAUCUGAAGCCGUGAACAAUCUUUUGCAUUCAGCAUUACAAGACUAAUUCCAGAUUUCUUUUAUUUUUCUGUGCCUUACAGCAUAGUAGUAAACAAUACAUACUUUAAAGUGGACUUGUACAAUUUGAAAGUCAUACUUGUUAUUGAUUUGAUACAGUGUCAAAAAAACUUGCACCUGGAUGUGAUCUCCUUCUGGGUAAAAGUCUCCUGGUUCCUAGAUGUAUUUUUUAGGGACUCAGUAUUAUUCAGGAAUUUAGUAAUUCUGAUGGUAAGCACAUGCCGUCUCUGUAAUGUAGCCUCUUCCUGCCUUCGAGGCAGUGAAUCUGUAACGUGUUGUACCUUUGUUAUAAACAAAUGACUUGUACUAAGAGGCUUUCUCCCAUCACAGAGAGGGAUUGAAUUUUUGGUCCCACCUUUGCAAAUAUGGGUGUUCCCCCUUGUUUAUGGGGUAUGGUCUUAGUACAGCUGUAUUAAUCCAAGAGCUUAUUGAUGCUCUUAAUCCCAGAGGCCUUUAAAGGGGUAAACCGAAAUUUAGUGGUGUGGGAAGUUAGAAAAUGCCCUCUAAGGGGAAAAGCAGACUGCCAAGUUUGGGAAUUAUAUUUAGAAAACAGUGCAUCUAGAAGGAGGUCUGAAUGGGACCUGAAGAUUGCUAAGGGAGAUAAUGGGGAGUUUCCUAGAUUGAAUUAAUCACUCUCAUGGAAGAAAGUGUUGCACACACAAUAAUGAGAGAUUUGUUUAACUUUUGUAGUACUUCAGCCGCUGGAGAGAUUGGAGGAUAAGGCUGGAGUGACAUUUAGAGGACUGGAAUGACAAUUUGCUUUCCCAAUUUCAGCCUCUUGUCUUCUCUAGAAUAGUUAAAUCUAAGUCCAGUUACACGGGCAUCGAAGCAAGAGUUUUAUUAAGAGUGUGGGAAAAGUUAUUUUGUUUUGAAAGGAGAACGAGGAUGCCGGUAGUUUUAGAACAUUUAAAAAUUUUGAGUGUGACUUAUAGAGUAUUAUACAUCCUGAGUAUGCUGCUCUUCAGCAUGUAGCACUUCCAAAUGCAGGGCAAAUCAAAAGGUGAAGAAGGUGUUUGGGGUAUCCUGGACGGAGGAUCUGUCCUCCUGGACAGAUGGGUGGGGUGGAAUUGAUCAUUGCCCUGUCAGAAGGAAUUCUGAGUGCAUAAUGAGUAGCUGUAUACCAUCUACCCUGUUAUAUUGUUAUUUCAAAUUAAAGAUUAAAAGAAUUUUUCAGUGA